AGAGCGCAGCAGCAGACGUGCAGAAGUUUGUGCAAGUAGUGCCAGUGAACUGUCAGACCAUACUUCGCUCAACUGAUAAAUGGACAGCAGUCCUUAUGGUUUCAUCUGAAUUAGUUAUGGAAGAUCGCGACAAGCAGAAGAAGAUUGAGUCGAUCGGCAAGAUGACGCAGAUGACGCAGGAGGAGAUCGUGACGAACACGAAGACGGUGGUGCAGGGCCUGGAGGCGCUCAAGAACGAGAUCAACUCGAUCCUGAACGGGCUGUCGCCGGCGCUGGAGCCGCAGGGGCCGGCCGGCUCGCCCGACCACGCCGGCGCCGAGAAGGCGGGGCUCGUCCGCAAGUUCCUCGACACCAUCGAGCUGGGCCUGGGCGAGGCGCAGGUUAUGACAGCAUUAUCUGCUCACCUGCAAGUUGUGGAAGCAGAGAAGCAGAAACUACGGACUCAGGUUCGGCGCUUGUGCCAGGAGAAUGCUUGGCUGCGUGACGAGCUGGCCAACACUCAGCAGAAGCUGCAGGCUUCGGAGCAGGCCGUUGCACAACUGGAGGAGGAGAAGAAGCACUUGGAGUUCAUGGCCUCCAUCCGCAAAUACGAUCAAGAUGUCUCGGGUGAUGACUCUAGUUCGGAGACGAAGCAAGAUAAGCCGAAGAUUGAUGAUCCUGUAGUAGACCUUUUCCCUGAUGAGGACACAGAUGAAAGAAACACCAUGUCACCCACACCUCCAACCUUGGCUACCCAGAUGGCUGUGGGGUACGAGAUACCAGCACGGUUGAGGACACUACACAACCUAGUUAUCCAGUAUGCGUCACAGGGACGCUAUGAGGUGGCUGUGCCUCUCUGCAAGCAAGCUCUGGAAGACUUGGAGAAGACCAGUGGCCAUGACCACCCGGAUGUGGCCACUAUGCUCAAUAUCCUGGCUCUCGUUUACAGGGACCAGAACAAGUACAAGGAAGCAGCAAACUUGUUGAACGAUGCCCUUAACAUAAGAGAGAUGACCCUGGGAGAGAACCAUCCAGCGGUUGCAGCAACAUUGAAUAAUUUAGCUGUUCUUUAUGGCAAGAGGGGUAAGUACCGAGAAGCUGAGCCCCUGUGUAAAAGAGCCCUCGAGAUCAGAGAGAAAGUACUUGGCCGCGAGCAUCCAGAUGUGGCUAAGCAGCUCAACAAUCUAGCUCUGCUGUGUCAAAAUCAGGGCAAGUAUGAAGAGGUUGAACGGUAUUACCAGAGAGCUCUGGAGAUAUACGAAGCCAAAUUGGGUCCUGAUGACCCAAAUGUUGCUAAGACAAAGAAUAAUCUGGCAUCAUGUUACCUGAAACAAGGCAAAUACAAGGAAGCUGAGAUUUUGUACAAACAAGUGUUGACUCGUGCCCACGAGCGAGAGUUUGGGGCCAUUGAUGGUGAUAACAAGCCGAUUUGGCAAGUGGCCGAGGAGCGAGAGGAGAACAAAUGUCGUAACAAGGAAAAUGUCCCUUACGGCGAGUACGGAGGAUGGCACAAAGCUGCCAAAGUGGAUUCACCGACGGUGACGACGACACUGAAAAACCUCGGUGCCCUCUACCGGCGACAGGGCAAGUACGAAGCGGCAGAGACCCUGGAAGACUGCGCCCUGCGCUCACGCAAGGAGGGACUGGACUUCGUGAAACAGGCAAAGGUGGCUCAAAUCCUCAGCGAGUCCGGAGAGAGGCGCCGCAGCGGCUCUUCAGGAAAGGAGCGCAACAGUCGCCGUGGCUCGCGCGAGUCCCUCGACUCGAUGCAGUACGAAACGGGAGAAGAGACGGCUGCACCCAUUGGUAUUGUACAGAGAACACAGGAAGGCGGGCAGUCCGACGCCCGACAGGGAGGGUUAAAGACCAAACUCUUGAACGCUCUCGGACUGCACACUUCGUGAACGAAUGGGAAAGUCUGUGUAUUUGGCGUAACACUUAAGAAAUGACUGGAAAAGUUCCUUCCAGUUGUGUCCGUAAAGUGAACUUUUAUUGUAAUUAAUGUAGCUGUAAGUUAUUGACGUGAAACCGUGUAGGAUGCUAAAAGUGGCUAUUAAGUGCUGUUUUUCUAGAUUUUAUUGAUUUACUUUUCUGUUUUACUUCUAAAGCUGAUGAUUUUAUUGUAUUCUGUAAAUGAAGAAAUGUAACAAAUGGUGCAAACUCGAUAACUAGGGGUGUGGGUGUAAACAGUUUGUGAGAUAUUCCCUCUUCAUUACUUAUGAACUUUACUACAGUGUUGAAAAUAGUUAAAUUGCUGACAGCUUAAAGAAAUUUCAUUUACUUUGCACAUAUUUUGUGGUGCAUUAUAACAGAAACAGCCGCAUGUGGUCUUUGCUAUACGGAUAAUAAUUGUUCGCCCAGUUAUCUUGAAAGUCCAGAUGAAGUUUCCAGAUUUUCUCCAAAACCUAUAUUGUUCAUUUGGUUUCUUUCUAAGACAAAAGUAUUCCACUAUUCUUUCUGCCCAGCCUUCCUGUGUUGCAGUAAAUUAAGUUUUAAUUGAAGGGACAGUGGAAGACAGUGCUAACCCUCAAUUUAGCAAGGAUUACCCUUUUCAUGAUGUCUGCUUUUCAGAUGCUCCACACUAAAGGAAAAAGUAGUUCCAAUUGUACUAUUAGAAAGAAUUUCCUAGUAUUCAAAUUGUUUUACCUUGUUGUACUUCAUAUAGGCUAUGACUUUAACCAGUAACUCAGAAUUAUGCUCUCAGGCUAGCACACUCUUCUGCAGACCCGUCAAAUUAGAACUUCCUUUUCCUGUGCCUCGCAGGUAGUGCACCGGCAGUUGUGCUCCUGCAAAGUCUAUUGCAGAUCUUCCUUCCAGAUGGCACUCUGUGGCCUCUAAUAAUCUUUCCCUGGGUACUAUUGUCCAUAGUGACAUUAUUUAAUAAAAAUGCGUCUCAGCUCUGUGUAGGUAAACACUUAGCAAAUGAGACCAGCUGACGUUUAAGUAUGUCAAAGGAAAACUCUGUUCCAACAUGUGAACAAUGAUACUGUGAAGUGUAAUGGAUUACGAAUUUUAAUUUUAGCACUCACUACACCUGUGGGACAUAUUGCAAAUUAUGUAAAAUGUAUACGAAUUUAUAGCAGGCAUAUAACUUUAAAAAAUUUGACCAUCCUGUCCAUAAGUAGUUUGCUAACAGUGUGGAAUUUUUUUACUUUUAUUUUCUAUCAGUUGUAUUUAACUAAGUGAACACAAAUACUUCAUAUAGCUCAGUAUUCGUGCAUUGCUUUGUAAUGUGAUCUACACAAACAUAUUGACAAGUCUCCUGGUGCAUUAAUGUAAUUUCAACACUGGGGUUAAUCUUACCCAUCACCUUUAGUGUCUAGAGAGUACUAUCUGAGAUACUAUUACAAGAAAAGUGGUUUUAUUUGCUAUUAGUGAUUGAAUCGCCUGUCACAGUUGUAGCACAAUAUCCUUAAGUGGGUUUUUGUGACACACCAGAGCAGUCCAGUGUCACUUCUAUACAGUUGAUUCCCUUUGUGUCUGCGGUUGUACUGAAUUCUUGGAAUCGUGUUUGUAGGUGACUCACUGAAAAGCGUGCACUAUUUGAUCACUAAUUUUUAGGUAAUAUGAUUUCCAACAGAUACUUUGCUGUCUCCAUUUCGUUUGUGUUUAUUCAGCUGUCUGUAGCCCACUCUUCAAAAGGCUGUUAUUACAAAUACUAAAAAAAAGUUCAGGCUGACAACUUGCUCGAAGCAUAAAUUCUUUCAGAAAUGUCACUGUAUAUUCAGUCCGCCUGCUUAGCUGGGAGGUGAUGUGUUCGCCUCGCGUGCAAGAGGGCCCGGAUUCGAUUCCUGGCCAGGUUUGGAGAUUUUCUCUGCUCGUGGAUUGGGUGUCGUGUGUUGUCCUCGUCGUCAUUUCAUCCUCGUCACCAGCACGCAAGUCGCCCAAUGUGUUGUCGACUCCAAUAAGACCUGCACCUGGUGGCAUCCUGGCAAACUGUGCUGUACGCUCGUUUCCAUUGUGUAUGCCGUGUGGCAUUUUUGUUACAUUUGUGCAAAAGUUUUUAAAACAUUAAUCUUACCUUCGAUAUUUCCAGCCUAGAAGUUUCGGACUGGUAGAAUAAAAGUAACUGUGUUGCAAAGCCAUCUAAAAUUUCCAAAUUGGUGCUGCAAUCUGAUAGUGAGUUUGACAAAAGUAUUGGGCAUCUCCUCAGAUCACGUAGUGUGAAUGCUUUGAAAUUCAAUGAAAAACUCUUGUUGGUUGAGGUAGUUCAGCAGCACUUGUUUUAAUUUUUUGUACCACUUCAGUGAAAUCCAAAUUUUGGAAGUACCAGGAUGGAAACAAUUAACAAGAGAUACAAAAGGCAACCACUCACCCAUAGUAUAUUAAUAAGUGGGCACACACACACACACACACACAAUAGCGCUGACUUGUUACUAGCUUUCUAGCUGCAACUUCAUUUUUCAGAAUAAACAAAAGACACUUAUAUGCAGCUCUUGGCCACAGCCUUUUUCAGUAAAAGGGGGAGGGGGGUGGGGUGGAGAUGUAUAUAUAUCUUUUAUAUAUAUAUCUGUGUGUGUGUGUGUGUGUGUGUGUGUGUGUGUGUGUGUGUGUGUGUGUGUGUGUGUGUGUGUGCACCUCGCGCACACAUGACCUUCAACUGCAGCAUCUCAGGUCGGAAUGCCAGUCAGUGUCUUGUAAUUCUGCCUGUCUGCAACUUGACAUGUCUUCUUUAUGUUGACUAGCGAUCUGUCUUUUCCUACAUUGUUAAUACUCCUACCUGGAGUUUCCAAUAUCUGGUUUUUCAGUGUAAAUACCCUCACAGACACAAUGAACAACUUGCCAGCAGCUGUGUUAGCGCACACUCUACUAACAUCUCUGUGCUUUUAUGUGUUUGUACGUGCCACACCAGUCUACUGCAGGAGUGCGAUUGUCACUCUCAUUUUUAUAUCACGAGUUUGUUUUGAUCAAAGAGAAAAAGCUGCAGUUGGUAUAAUUUCGUAGCAAGGUUCUUGGUGAAAGCAUCAUCAUUUGAUGAAAUUUUCUGUCUUCCUGUAGCACAUUCAUAUUUAUUUGCAAUAUUUGUCUUUUGUCGUACAUUUCUUUUUGUCUAACUGGUUGAGUUCCUUCGAGAUGGGGCAAAUUAUGAGUGUGUAUUUGACCUUGCCCGACAUUUAUGUAAACCUUUUUGCUUAGGUGAUUUUUUAUUCAUUUCAUUAGAUGUGUUGCUCAGUUGUACCAAUACUGUUGUACAUUAUCUCCCCCACCCCCACACCGCACCCCCAACCAUUUCACCUCUCACCCACUGUCCACAGCUGCAAGGGUAGGGGGCAGUUACGUUUACCCUUAUUUGAAAUUUUUUUUUCAGAGUUCCAAUAUAAACCUAUCAUUUCACAACUGUCAGAUGCAUAAUAUCAGCAUUUAAAAUGUUUGACAACAGUUUUUAAUGAGAGAUUAUUCUAUUUGACAUCUUUCUUUCAAAUAGUAUUCAUUGUUUGAAUUAGUUCAGAGACAACAAUGAGACAUCACGAGAGUUGCAGGUUCAGAAAUGUACUCAUCAGUGAGAGUUGCAAGAGUCUACAGUUCUCUGUUAUCUGUUUAAUUUCUUGCCUCACUUUCAGAAAAUAAAAUCAUUCCUGCUAAUCAUUAUACAGCACUUUGUUACACUUUUUUGCUAUUUCUGCCCAUUAGGCAGUGUGUAGCUGUGUAUUUAGUUUGUUUUGCCUUGCAUCAUUUGCAUGCAGAUUUGUCUCUAACUUGGUCAACGAGUUAUUAUGCAGCCUACAGACUUUUGAGUUCCUACUAUGCCUGUAUUUUCAAUAGUUUAUGGUUUAGUGGCCUAGUGAACCCUCUCUCUCCCCUUCACCAACCUCCUCCUCCUCCACAUCCCUCCAACCCCCCCCCCCUUCCCCCCCCUCUCUCGGGGUGGGGACCAACUAAGUAAGUAAAGAAGCUGGUUUUUUAUUGUCACCACUCUGAAUUUGGCAAAAUGCAGCAAUAACGUUUGUGAUCAUAUUAGCUGCUGAAUUUUGCACAUGGUGAAUGGGACAUUUUGGUUAAUGGAAGCUAAUAAAUACAAUUUACUGGUGUCUCUUAGAACAUUUUUCUCAUAUUCUUAGAUGGCCUGAGGAGGAAACCUCACAAACUGUUUGCACUUAUCUAAUCAAAUUUUCUUCAUUGGAGAUUUUCUCCUAUCAUUCCUUUGAAAAGAAUGUAGUUACUUCUAGCGAUGUCUCAAUUGUUGACCCAAUUUUUAUACCUUCCUGUUUGCACUUUUAUACUAAAUAUAAGUGUUACGAACAGUACAUACCAUUACAGUAUACGAUUUCUGAGACAGGAGUUUUUGCCUUCACUCGCCAAAAGCAUAGUACGGCUUCUUGUGAAUUGUAUUUGUAGCUACUUUUAUGCAUCUGUGUAGUUAAAUGUAUGAAGCUCUCCAGCUGGCAACCAUUGCAGUGCAAUUGUGAUUUCUUCCAGAUUUCUCAUUCUUGUCCUUGCCACUUGUUUUUGGUAAGUGGUGGCUUCUUGCCCUGUCUCAUUGUAAAAAAAGUUACGAAGGUAAUGGAAAUGCGGUAUUUGUAUGUCUUCCGAAGGUGUGUUGAAUGCAGAUGUGUACUACCAAGUACUGUAUGACUUUUGUUACACAAAGUAAUUUACUUCUGUAUUCUUGUGGUCUUACAUUCAGACAUGUGCACAAUAUUUUUCAGUGUUUAGUUUGUAAAUCUAGCUGGGUAUUAGUAAUAGAAGUCAGUUGUUUAUCUGAUAAUGAGUGUAAGUUUAUUUUUUUGACAACUACUUACAGUUUAAUUGCCUGUAGAGGCUUUUGGUUGUGUCAUAGUUGAUAGUGUGACUGGUUCUUUUGAGCGACUGAUUUUAAAAAUGUUGUUCUAUGAUAGAUUGCUCCAGAAGACAUUUUGUUUGGUAAUGAUUGAAAUUGGUGAAAUACAUAGUGGUGCUUAAUGUGACAGAUGCCUGUUGAUCUUGCCAUGUAUAUUUUAAUUGAUAAUGUUGAUGUACAGUAAUUGUAAAAGAAGUUUUUGUGGCUUCCAUUCUUUUAGUAAGUCUGCAGUUAGCUAACAUUGCAGAUUUUAGCAGGAAGCAAUUUCAGGCUUUAAUUCCAAUGAUUUGGACAAUUAUUUUCUGUGAUGUCCUCAUGUUGCUUCCAUUGUAUUUGCAGUCAGAAUCCUGAUAUUGUAUUGUUGAUAUACUUUGUGAAUACUGUUGAACUGCUUCAAAGCUUUUAUUAAUAUUGUUGUUAACUGUAAUAAGAAAAUGACUAGUGAGGAGUUGAUUAUCAAAAAACCAUAAUAGCUAUAGAGCUGUUUAAAGUAAAAAUUCUUUGCCAAUGAAAAAGGGAAUGAAUAAAAUGUUUGAUGUCUUGGAGUGGAUGUGACCUGCUAUUUACAGAUAGCAGACAUUUAUUUGUUUGCAGAAUUUGGUAAAAUUUGGAAGUGGUCUUACAUCUUGCAUUAUUUCUAAUUGUUUGAAGACAGAUCUUUUUAAAAAUUCUUUCAUUUUGGCACUUUGCCUGAUUUAUUUUAUUGUAAUUAUUUAUGAAAUACAUUCUUUCAUUAUUACUGCAUUCUGUUUCCUCCUCAAAUGGUUACUACAGGACAUAGUAGUCUGCUGAAGGCUAUUUUUCAUGUUUUGCUCUUCACAUUUUCUUUAUUGUGCCAUAUGCAUAAAACUGGAAUGCACACAUAGAUAUUUUUGCAUGCUAGUUAUUACUCAGUUUGAAAUGAGGAAAUUAAUGUUUGAUGGGAUGGAUUGACUGACUGCUAUAACUGAGCCUCCAAACAUAUUGAAAAUCACACAUUAAUAGUAUGUGUAGCUUUUGUUUCUAGAUUUAUUUUGUCAGUUUUAUUUGAAUGUGAGGGGGGGUGGGAGGGACCAAGGGUAUUAAGAUAGUGGCAAUAUAGGUUGAAGAGUAACCCAAACUUCAGAAGGCAGUUCAAAGGUUAGCUUCUAUAAGGGCGAAUACCAAUUUGUAGAUAGUGCAUCUUGGCUGGCUUCAUAAUUUAACUUGCUGAAACUGUUCCUGAGAAACAUUUUUAGCAGCACAGAAACAUCUUGUUCAUGAUGGCUAUAUUUAAAUUUAAUGUAAUUGAACUCUGAUUAUGUCAAUAGUACUGACACUGGAUUGGGUAUCUCCUUGUAAUCUUCAGCUGUAUAGAACGCACAGCCUUCAGCAGCCACUGAUGUUUGUGGUAAAUGAAAUCAAUAAAACCUCUGAAAAGUGCAUAAUUUUGCUGGUUAAUAGUCUCUAUUCAGUAGCAUCUCAAAGGUUGUAAUUUUUUGUUGUAUUUUUGUUUUUAAUAAAAUAUUUUGUUAUUGAAUUAA